AAACCACCGGGAUCAAUUUCUGAAUAAUCUGUCGCCGUUUUUGAAAAUUUUGGCAAAUAAAAUAUUUGUAAUUCACCAAGAUGCAUGAACGUGAAAACCUAUAUAUUAACCCAAAUCAUGAAAUUAUGCCCACCAAAUCAUAACCUCAAAAAUCAAAAAUAGCAACCAAUUAGCCUAGCUCACAUAAUGACGUUCGAAAGUGAUACAGCAUUUCUCGACACAAUCAGCAGAAAUCUGCCCGAUGACUCUCGAAUAUUCUCCUGCGACGACAGCAGCAUCCACGACAUGCUAUUAAUGUACGGCGUUUUCGGCGGCGUCGGCAGCAUGGGAUGGCCCGCAGCCGUGAAGCCGGAGCCCGAACCUCAAGUGGCGGCGCCUCCACGAGGGGCUCAUUACAGAGGGGUGCGACAGCGGCCGUGGGGGAAGUUCGCGGCGGAGAUACGGGACCCGUCCAAGAACGGGGCCCGCGUGUGGCUGGGGACGUACGAGACGGCGGAGGACGCGGCGCUGGCGUAUGACCAAGCCGCCUACGCCAUGCGCGGCUCACGGGCGCUGCUCAACUUCCCGUUGAGGAUAAACUCCGGGGAGCCGGCGCCCGUGAGGAUUACGUCCAAGAGGUCCGCCGCUUCCCCUGAUCGCUCCUCGUCUUCCGACAGCGGAUCGUCGCGGAAGAGGAAGGCGGCGGCGCCCCAUCCUGGGCUCAAAAAGGGCCGACUUGAAGUCGGCUUACAGUAAUUAACGUCGACAUUUUUUCUUUUUCUUAGUUUCCUAUUCUUUACUAGUAUUUGUUUUCCCAUUCAUUCAAAUUCUAUCAACUUUGUACAAUUUUUGUCAAUAAAAAAAUGUUACUUCCA